AUGGCGCCCAAGCGCAAGUUGAACGAGACGGACGAGCCGUCGGUCGUGGCCGAGCCCCAGACCCAGAAGAAGACCAAGAAGGCCUCAACCGAGAAGAAGGAAAAGAAGGAGAAGAAGUCCAAGUCGCAGAAUGUUAAACCACAGGAGGAGGAGAAGCACGAGGAGACCCAACAACAAGAGCAACAAGAACAAGCCGAGGAGGAGCAACAGCUCGAGCAACAACUAAAGGACGAGCAAAAACAACAAGACGAAAAGGACGAGAAGAAGAACAAGAGCCAGGAGGACCAGAAGAAGGAGAACGAGAAUGACGAUGCCGACUUGACCUUCUCCGACCUGGGUCUCGACCCUCGCCUCGUGCAGGCCGUUGCGAAACAGAGCUUCGAGAAGCCGACGCUUGUGCAAAGAAAGGCGAUCCCGCUUGCGCUAGCAGGCCAGGACGUGUUGUGCAAGGCGAAUACGGGAUCUGGCAAAACGGCGGCGUAUGUGUUGCCUGUGUUGAGUGGCAUUCUUAAGAGGAAGGCUACCGAUUCAGCCCCGUUCACCUCCGCCCUCAUCCUCGUCCCCACGCGCGAACUCGCCGACCAAGUCCACAAAGCCAUCGACGCCUUCUCCGCCUUCUGCACCAAGGACAUCCAAUCCGCCAAGCUGACCGACAACGUGUCCGACGCCGUUCUCCGGUCUCUCCUCGCCAACGCCCCUGACGUGAUCGUCUCCACCCCCGCCCGCGCCUGGCAUAACAUCGAGUCUGGCGCUCUCAGCGUCGCCAAGCUGCAGUACCUGGUUCUCGACGAGGCCGACCUCGUCCUGUCCUACGGCUACGACGAAGACAUGGAGAACAUUGCCCGCUCGCUUCCCAAGGGCGGCGUCCAAACCACCAUGAUGUCCGCGACUCUCGUGUCCGACGAGCUCGACACCCUCAAGGGCUUCUUCUGCCGCAACCCCACCAUGCUGGACCUGAAGGAGUCCUUCAGCGCCGAGGACGAGAAGCUGACGCAGUUCUACGUCAAGUGCGGCGAGGACGACAAGUGGCUGAUUUCGUACCUGAUCUUCAAGCUGCAGCUGAUCAAGGGCCCCUGCCUGGUGUUUGUGGCGGACAUCGAUCGCGCGUAUCGGUUGAAGCUUUUCUUUGAGCAGUUCAGCAUUCGCAGCUGUGUGCUCAACUCGGAGCUGCCAAUUAAUACCCGCAUCAAGAUCAUUGAGGAGUUCAAUAGGGGUAUUUACGAUAUCAUCAUUGCGUCGGAUGAGAGGAGCGAGGUGUUCUUGGAGGAUGAGAAGAAGACCGAGGAGAAGGCUGAGAAGAAGGAGGAUGGUGAGGAUAAGGACAAGAAGAGCGGCAAGGGAAAGAAGAAGAAGGGUAGAAGGGAUCAGGAGUACGGUGUUUCGCGAGGCAUCGACUUCAAGAACGUUGCCGCCGUUAUCAACUUCGACAUGCCCACCUCUUCCUCUUCCUACAUCCACCGGAUAGGCCGCACCGCCCGCGCCGGUCGCGCGGGUAUUGCUCUGUCCAUGGUCGUCCCCCACGACCUCUUCGGCAAGCACAAGCCCACGUCUAUCAAGCAGUGCGAGAAGGACGAGAAGGUUCUGGCCAAGGUUAUGCGUCAGCAGGCCAAGCUCAACCGCAAGUUGGAGCCGUACAACUUUAACAAGGACCAGAUGGAGGCUUUCCGUUAUCGUAUGAACGAUGCAAUCCGCGAAGCCCGCACCCGUGAGCUUCGGCAAGAACUCAUGCGCUCCGAGACUUUGAAGCGCUACUUCGAAGAGAACCCCAACGAGCUCUCUCAUCUGCGCCACGACGGCGAGCUGGGAACCAAGAUGCGCCAGCAGGCCCAUCUCAAGCACGUGCCCGAUUACCUUUUGCCUCGCGACGGCAAGAACGCCUUGACCGAAAGCCAGGUGGGCUUUGUGCCGUUUAGGAAGCAUGAUGAUGGGAAGAAACAGAAGGGGAAGAAGGGGGCGAAGGGUGGAAAGGGAGGGCAUGGGAAGUAUAAGAAGGGGCCUGGGGGGAGGAAGAAUGUGCUGAAGACUUUUAGGGUUAGGAAGUGA